UUUUUGUUUUCUUAUUUGAUAUCUCUUAUCUGUUUUUCUAAUUUUUAACUUGUCGAUAAACAGAAUGCAUAGGUGUCUUAACGGUUGCAUAUAGAGAGGAAAAAACAAUUUAUAAGUAUUAUAAGUAUUAUAAUAUUGAUUCAUUGUUUCAAAUCAAAUAUAGUAUAGCACAGAUAACAUAAACAUUCGCCUCUAAAAUAGCUAACAGUGUUUAGAAAAACAUACACACAGAUUAAUCAUUUCCUCGCGUCAUUGAAACCAACAACGAAAAAGGUCGUGUGCGUCACACAUUACACCACAUUGAGAUCACACAGAAUGUUUAGAUUUCUCGACCUAGUGGGCGUGUUCAUUGCACUCUUCGCCAUUCUCUUCGCUUACUUUAAAUGGACCUACCAAUACUGGAGUCAAAAAAACGUCCCUUUCAUUCAACCUACCAUUCCUUUUGGCAACUCAAACCUUUUCCGCCAGAAGGAAAGUGGCGGUAUCCGCAUGAAAAACUUCUACGAUGAGAUGAAAGCACAAGGAUGGAAACACGGAGGUCUUUACUCUAUUCUCAAACCCAGCUAUAUGGUUAUCGAUUUGGACUACUUGAAGAACAUCAUGACGAAAGAUUUCGACUAUUUUUCCGACCGUGGCUUCUACUACAAUGAAAAAGACGACCCUCUUAGUGCACAUUUAUUUGCAAUCGGUGGUGAAAAGUGGCGCAACUUACGAAUUAAACUAACUCCGACUUUCACCUCCGGAAAAAUGAAAAUGAUGUUUCAGACUUUGGUCGACUGUGCCCCAGGUUUAGUCAAACAAAUCGAUCGAAAAAUGGAAUCAAUUGAUAUCAAAGAAGUUUUGGGGUGUUUCACAACUGAUAUCAUCGGGUCAUGUGCUUUUGGGCUUGACUUUAACACCUCAAACGACAAUAAUUCACCAUUCCGGGAGUAUGGACGCAAAGCUUUCGUUCCAACAAAAUUCGAUAUAGUCAAGAUAAUUUUUGCGAUGAGUUUUCCGCGACUUGCACAACUGUUCAGAUUAACAUUGACACGGAAAGACGUUUCAGAAUUUUUCCUUAAAGUAGUGAGGGAAACUGUUGAAUAUCGCGAAAAAAAUAAUUACAGACGCAAAGAUUUUAUUCAAUUAUUGAUUGACUUGAAGGGUGAAGACGGUAAAACCCUCACAAUUAACGAAAUCGCUGCUCAAAGCUUUGUGUUUUUCAUUGCCGGUUUUGAAACAUCAUCCACGACCAUGGCCUUUGUCCUCUACGAAUUAAGUCGAAGACCUGACUUGCAACAAAAGCUCAGGGAUGAAAUUAACACAGUUUUAAGUAGAUAUGAGGGGAGUAUAACAUACGAAGCCACCCAAGAAAUGAAAUAUAUGGACCAAGUCAUAAACGAGGCUUUAAGGAUGUACCCACCUGUUCCCAUGCUUGGCCGGAAAUGUGUCAAAGACUAUAAAAUUCCCGACCAGGAUGUAAUUAUUGAAAAAGGGACAUCAAUCCUAAUCCCAGUUUUGGGAAUCCAUUACGACCAAGAAUAUUAUCCGGAUCCUAAAACUUUUGAUCCUGAGAGGUUUAAUGAAGAGAAUAGAAAGGCAAGGCAUCAUUAUGCACAUCUUCCGUUUGGUGAAGGGCCUAGGAUUUGUAUAGGGAUGCGGUUUGGUCUAAUGCAGACCAAAGUUGGAUUGGCAACACUGUUGAAAAACUACAAAUUUAAGGUUGGGGAAAGGACACAAGAACCGUUGAAAUUCAAAGUUGCAUCGUUUGUUUUGGCAGCUGAAGGAGAAAUUUGGCUCGAUGCUGAAAAGUUGUGAAGUACUAUAAAUGUCAUUUUGAUAUUGUGAUUGUUAGCAUUUUUCCAUAUUUAUUACUUGCUUUGUAGUCCUUUAUGUUGUAUUAGUUCUUGUUAUGAAAACUUUUUUCUUUAAAAUGGUCGAGGGGCACCUAUUGACCAAAUUUUAUUUCAAAAUACUGAUUAUUUGUAAAGAAAAUGAAAAACUUAUAAAAGUAAUAGUUUAUGUGGCGAAAAUGAAUGUUUAUUUUGCCGAAUGCAAUGAGGCAAAUAAUUUAGCUGAGCCACAUAAACUCACAUUUAUGCCGAAUAAAAUAUACUAUUUUAUCCGCAAACGUAAUGGUGAAGAGUAAAGAGCAAUUUUAAGCAAAACUAAUUUAAAGGUAAAUGAAUAAAAUAAUCAGGAAGCUUUGCACGUGGUUCAUUAUCAUAACAAUGCUUAUAAGCAAAAUUCAGUCUCGAAUUUUUGUGACGAGAUUUUCGAAUGUGUAUUUUAUACUUUAAUUAGUGCAGCAUCUAGUGCAUUGUCUCCCGUUUCACAAUGAGGAAAUCAUCACCUCUCCAGCGAAGCAGCGAAAGACACAAGAAACAACUGACAACAUUAGAAAAAAUCUUGAUAACAGGCAAAAGUAAAAAUGCUUUAUCUCGUAAAAUGCCGAAAACUAGAUCUUUUAUCAGCGACACUCAGUCUCAAAUGUUGUCACUUGUGACGAGUGCAGGUAAUAACUAUUUUCUAUCAGAGGAGAUUAUUUUUGCUUAUAUAUUAGGAUUUUAAAAUUUAAAAAAAUUUGGGAACAGUGUUUAAGAAAGUAAUUCUGUAAUGCAGGUUUGUUAUGAUUUACGAGCUUAUGGGCGUUCUCAAAGCUUUUAUAAAUUUUAAAAUCCUAAUUUGUUAGCAAAAAUAUUCUCCUCUGAUAAAAAACAUUAAUUGUUACUUUUUAGUGCAUUUUUUAAAUAAUAGCUUUUUUCUAAAUAAAUAUUUUUUUAAAUUUU